UCUCUCUCCUCCCUGCUUCUCUCUCUACCUCCCUCCCCCCAAAACAAUGACCACCAGCGGCGGCGAUGAAGGCUCUAGGGUUUCGAUUCCGGCCGAUCUGCGCCAAACCAUUCAAAACAUCAGAGAGAUUACUGGAAAACAACAUUCCGACGAGGAUAUCUUCUCCGUCUUUAAGGAUUGCUUCAACGAUCCACUUGAGAGCGCACAGAAGCUCCGCUAUCUAGAUACGUUUCAUGAGGUGAAAAGCAAACGGGAGAGAAAGAAAGAGAAUUUAGUGCCAACUACACAAGAAAGGGGCAGGAAUGGUCGGAGGAACUUUGCUUCAAACUAUACUGCUGCCAAUAAUGGAAGAAGUGCAGCUUUGAAAAGGCAGAACGGAGCUAAUCACAGAGUAGGAGGUCCCAGAACUGCUUUGCCUGCUCCUAACAAAGCAACAAACGACAAAAUGAAGGCAUCUCACUCUAUAAUUCCUUCAAGUGUCAGUGUUUCCAUCUCCCCUGUGAACAAGGGACUUACAAAAGAACACCCUCUCUCCAGGUCUACUUCUUCGUCUGAGGGUGUUACUGAGCUGAAGAAGUCUAAAGCAAGUGAAAAUGUACCUGUAUCAGAUUCUGUUGUACAAAACGAUACUCAAUAUGCUGUAAAUGGAACUUCCCAGAGCUCACAGCAAUCAUCUAAGCAAGAUCAGUUGUUGAUUGCCACUUCUAAUUGCAGUAGCCAGCCAGAUCAUGUCACUAGGAGUGAGGCUGCAACCAAUAAAAGCAAUAAUCAAUCGCUUCUCAAGUCAGAUGUUGGUGAACGGCCCCACGUAACAUUUCCUGUCCACCUUCAGGUUGCUAAGAUGCUAGAAAAUGGUCUGACGUUUGGGAGCUUCGAUUCCAAUUUUGUGAAAGAGUCAUGUUCUGACAAUGGCACUAACGGGUGUGAAGAAUCCAAUAUCAAUUCUUCUCAUGGAACAGCAGCCUAUAGUGCAUCAGCUAGGAAAGAUACAUCAACUCUUACUCAAGAUAAGGAUCAUGAGAUUUCAAAUUCAGUAUCUGAGACUGAGCUAGCAUUGCAGUCAGAUCAAACUGUUCACUCUGUAGAAGGUUCUGAAGGAGAUAAACUGAAGGAGGAGUUUUUACCAAUCACAGACACUAAUCAGGCUGCAAAUUGUGAUGCUCCAACAAUCUCUUAUCCUGAACAGAGUUCCAUAGCAGCCUCUCAACAGGCAAUGCACCUUCUAAGACAACAACAAUACCCUCUAAACUUUUUCCCUUACGGUCCCUAUUUUCCACCCGUCUAUAUGCCGCAACCAUACAUUCACCCGUUCUUGAGCCCAACCGGGUUCCAACAGCAGUCUUACUUACCGCCUGGAGAUGCUGCUCCAGGGGAUAAACUCCCUCUGCCUCACAUCAAAUCAGGAAGCAACGUUGGGAACUCUCCACCUACCACAAUCCCAUCGCCAUUUGAUUCAUACGCAGGUGCUUUUAACCACAUCCCAUCAGCAGCCACCGUAAACUCCACCCACAAGGAAGAAAAGGAGGAAAACAUUUACACGACUGUGCCACUGAGUCUAGCCAGCCUCCAGGCCAGUGCCAUGUACAACUUAUCCCUUCAGUGUCAGCCAUUAGCUUUCCCGACCAUGCAGUCCAGGUUCACGGGAAUGUACCAACAUACACAGCCCGUACUGGCGGCUCCAACUAUACCUGCCAUGGCUGAACAACCCACAGGACUCCCACACAUAACUAACCAGUAACCUCAAGCUGCACUGUCGAAUCUGGGCAACAAGUACUAGGCCAAGCAGAGUUUACUAUAAAGAUACAUAUCGGAUUGGUAAGGAGAGAUACUCAAGUCUGGUGUUUUUUUAGAGUUCUUGUGUGUACAUACUUAGGAAACAACACCCCCAAGACGAAACUAGCGUGUGGCAAUUUUACCAAGGGGGACAAGAGAGAGAAUUGGCGCCUUUCUUUUUGUGAGAACCAAACAAUUUCAAGAGGAGAUUGAUGGUGUCUCGUUUGUCUGUAAUUCUUUCGAAUUUUUCCCAAGGGGGACAAGAGAGAAUUAUGGCUCUUUUUGUGAGAACCAAACAAUUUCAAGAAAGUGAUUGAUGUAAUUCAUUCGUAUUUUACAAUACUAUAAACAAGUUAUCACUUUAUUCGAGCAUUUAUACACCAUACUUGACGC